UCAGGGCAAAAACUCACUACCGGGGAACGUGUUAGAUUACGGCGAUCCCCGUGAUCGCGACCGCGCACGUCGUAAAUAUUCGGAUAACGUAGAAAUUUGACGAUUUUCCACCUAGAAGGCGGGCGACGUCGCACACACGACACACGGGAUUCUCAGCGAGCGCACGCUGAUUCUCGACGUCUUUGAUCCGUGGAAUUUGCGCAUCGCCCUGACAUCUUGCGAAUUUUUCGCUUAGUUCGUAAAUAAUUGCUGCUUAGGCUUUAAUCUCAUGUGAAAAUAUAGGAAAUUACUUGACUAAUUGCAAUUUUUCUUAGUGCUUGUUAAUCGACGUUAAUAGUGGUUUACUAAUUCAAAAUUUAUUGAAUAAACAUAUAAUUAGUGAAGUGGGAUAUAAUUAUCAAACAAAGAAGUCAAGCACGAAUCUUUUAAGUACCAUUUUUAUUGUUAAUUUCUUGCAGAGUCUAUAUUACUGAUAAAAGCUCAUUAGUAAAUGUCAAAAUCUGUAUAAUUUAUCAUUUAUUCUGAUUUAUGGCGAAUAAUAUAUUGGCAGCAAUUAUUUUACCUCUAGUAGACACGUUACCUAUAAAUGAUAAUUAAUAUCGUUUUAUCCACCUAGCAAGUAUAAACUGAAAUAGGAGGCCAUAAUGAAACACAACACGUGUUGUUGAACAUAACCUAAGUGACAGCAUUUAGUUAGGACGUGCUUGUCUUGCAUUGUGCAGACUGUUUUUUGUUUCGAAAAGUCAUAUAAACUCGUGAACGAAGAUGUUACGAAGACAAGCAAGGCUAAGAAGAGAAUAUCUCUAUCGAAAAGCAGUGCAAGACAAGUUAAAGAGUAUCCAAGAGAAAAAGGACAGGAUAAAACGCAGUCUUGAAGAGAACGUGCCGAUCCAUCCAGAUUUAAGGAGAACAGCCCUUUCUUUGCAAAAGAAGAUAGAAUGGGAAGAUGCUGGACCAGAACUAGCUGUAGCAAUUGGUACGGAAGAGGGUGGGGCCCUAGCAUCUAACGAAGACGAUGAGUAUCGCUGGGCUGGCGUAGAGGAUCCCAAAAUUGUUAUCACUACGUCUCGGGAUCCUAGUUCUCGACUGAAGAUGUUCGUUAAGGAGUUACGACUUAUAUUUCCUAAUUCCCAAAGAAUGAACCGUGGUAAUUACGAAAUGAAGCAAUUGAUCCAUGCGUGCCGUGCUAAUGAUGUCACAGACUUUAUUAUCGUUCAUGAGCAUCGAGGUGUUCCUGAUUCCCUUGUCAUAUGUCAUCUACCAUAUGGCCCCACAGCAUAUUUCACAAUGUCUGAUGUAGUUAUGCGACAUGACAUUCCAGAUAUUGGAACAAUGUCAGAGCAGUACCCUCAUUUGAUUUUUCAUAAUUUUAAAACAAAAUUAGGACACAGGACUAUGAGUAUUCUGAAGUUCUUGUUUCCUGUACCAAAGGAAGACAGCAAAAGAAUUAUCACUUUUGCCAAUCAUGAUGACUAUAUAUCAUUCCGACACCAUACCUAUAAGAAAGUGAAUGGAAAAGAUAUUGAAUUAUCAGAAGUUGGGCCAAGGUUUCAAUUAAAAUUAUAUCAAAUUAAAUUAGGAACUCUGGACAGUGUUAAUACUGCAGAUACAGAAUGGGCUUUGAGACCAUAUAUGAAUACAAGUCAUAAGAGAAGAUUUUUGUCAGAUGAUGAUGGAUGGCAACAGGAGGAUGAUAUUUAAAUUGUGAAGAAAUAUAUUUUAAUAAAACUUUGAUUUCUAUAUCCAGUU